AUGUCUAUUCAAAACAAUUCAAUAAUUAAUUUGGAUGAUCAAGGAGAUGAAGAAGAUGAAGAGGUUAAUGCUGAAGAUUAUUCACACGAGUCAAGCCUUCUUCCUUCUAACAAAAAAAAAUCAUUCAGAACUGGUAGAAAAUUUUCUAAUAUUUGGAAAUAUUUCAAAGCUGGGAAUCAAGUUGGAC